AUGAGCAGCACCGACCUGGAGCGCAUGUCGCUCAGCUCCUCGGCCAACUCGGUGGCCUCCAGCGCGCGGACGCUGUCGGCCAACGUGAGAAAGCUGCACAACGCGCUCAACCUCCUACUCAACGACUUCGAGAGGGAGCAGUUCAUCCACUGUCUCAACGUCUACCACUCCAAACGCAACGUGUACGACCUGGUGCAGACCCUUAACGUCAUCCUCAACGCACCCAGCAAGCGGCAACUUCUGCCCAUGCUGCGGCUGGUCAUCCCCCGCUCUGACCAGCUUCUCUUCGAGCAGUACACCUCGGAGGGCCUCUACUUGAAAUCGGAUUUAGUUGCAAGCAAUGGCAACGCUGAAACUCCACCGGGCGACUUCCCCAGCGCCAGCCCGACUCCCCCGGGGCAUUUCUCGCCGAGCAACCCGCCUGAGUUUCAGGUGGCGUUGCGUGGCUCGCCGGACAGCUUCAGCACCAGCAGCGACGGGACAGCUCCCCUGGUGCCGCUGCUCGGGAGGAACUUUAUCCACGAGCCGCCGGGAGAACUGCGGCAGGUGACCAUGAAGCGGCACAAGAGCAACGAGGGCCUGGGCUUCAGCAUCCGCGGCGGGUCGGAGCACGGGGUCGGCAUCUACGUGUCCCUGGUGGAACCGGGGAGCCUGGCAGAGAAAGAGGGACUCCGGAUCGGUGACCAGAUCAUGAAAGUCAACGACAAAGUCUUCGACAAAGUCACUCAUGCUGAAGCAGUGAAGGUGCUGAAGGGCAGUAAAAAGCUUUGUCUCUCUGUGCGUUCAGUCGGGCGAAUUCCUGGCGGCUAUGUCACCAACCAUGUUUAUACCUGGGUCGACCCUCAGGGUCGGAGUGUAUCCCCUCCUCCCGACCUGCCUGAGCAUCGCAGCGCGACCCUGAGGAGAAGUGACAGCCAGCGGCGCAGCAACAUGCAGCUACUGCAGGAGGGAGAUGAGAAGAAGGUCAACUUGGUUCUGGACGACGGCCGGUCUCUUGGUCUAAUGAUCCGGGGGGGAGCAGAAUAUGCUUUGGGUAUUUACAUCACCGGAGUGGACCAGGGAUCAGCAGCAGAGUGUGGAGGACUUAAGUGUCUGCCUGGUCCGUCCUCGCCGCCUUGCUCAGCCCCUCCCGCCACGCCUCUCUGUUCCCUCCCCUCCCUGCAGGUCGGCGACCAGAUCCUGGAGGUGAACGGCCGCAGCUUCCUGAGCAUCCCUCACGACGAGGCCGUCAGGGUCCUGAAGUCGUCGCGUCACUUGAUGAUGACAGUGAAAGACGUGGGCCGCCUGCCGCACGCCAGGACGGUGGUGGGAGAGACCAAGUGGAUUGCCAGCUCCCAGAUCGCAGAGAGCUCCGCCAACAGCAGCGUGGCAGGCUUCUCAGUGGACCAAGGAGCAUCUGCAGCAGGAAAGCCUGGGUUUUAUAAGGGUGUGGCAGGCUCACAGGUGACUCUGUCCAGCCUGGUGAACCAGUCCCGGGCCAUGCUUGACGAGCAGGCGCGCCACCUGCUGACCGAGGUGGAGCGGCAGACCAUGAGCUACUACGUGGAGGAGUACCGGGACGGCCACAUCGGCGUGGAGCAGCUGGUCAUGGCGUUGUUCGAGCUGCUCAACACUCACGCAAAGUUUUCUCUCCUGUCAGAGGUACGAGGCCUGGUCACGCCGCAGGACCUGGAGUGUUUUGACGGGAUGGUACUGCGACGUGAGAUUCAGGCUCUGAAGGCGCGGCAGGGCACAGCUGGAGCCACAGCCCUGCAGCCAGAUGCCCUGUCUAUGGUGUCGUACCCUGAUACCCUGACCUCGUCCUCAGCCAGCUUCAUGACCAACACCACCCUCAGCUCUGCGCGGAACAACAGCGUGGUGGAGAGUAAUGAGGAGGAUCCUCCGGAGAGUCUGAACACGCUGCUGACCGACAUCUCUCUGGAUGACGUACAGUCCACCACCGCCGAAUCCCCCCCCUCCUUCAAGCCUCCACCCCCACCGGGGGUGCAGAGGCGCUCGAGUAGACGAGAUCAGCUCAACAAAUGCCCCUCGUCCGAAUCCUCCCACUCAGGCUUGUACUUCACAGCCCCGAACUCCCACAACCAAAGUAAAGAGCCAGGACACAGCCCUGCCUCACCCUCACUGCACCACAAACGAGAACAUCCCAGGGACCCGUCUCGGGACUAUGCGGCCAUCAGAAAGAGAGAGCCUUCGGUACCAUCCAAGAAAGAACAAAUCACAGCUGCUCAGUUGUCCAUGGUCACCCAACACAACAUCGGCCCUUUCCCCAGGGUCCAGUCCCCCAACAGAGGCACCAAACCUGCUGCCCCGUCCCCUUCACCUCCACCUCCACCUCCACCUCCACUCCCUGCUCCUCAUCCACCCCCAUCUCUACCCCUUAAGCCAGUGUCCAUGUCCAAAGCCUCCCCCGCUUCCUCUCCUGGCUCUAAACAGCAGUUUGUUACAGUGGAGGUUCACAGGCCCAACGCAGAGCCCGAUGUCAACGAAGUGCGGCCGCUGCCGCAAGCUCGAGGUGGUGCCCUGUCUCAGCUGUCAGACAGCGGCCAGACCCUCAGUGAGGACAGUGGUGUGGACAUAGCUGAGUCAGGACACAUCAGCAAAGACAGCAGCCCCCAUUCCUCACGCACACGCCUCCCCCGAGACACCCAGGGAGGCGGGGGGGACAACCCCUCCAAACCGCCAGGGCUGUUGGAGCCCACCUCUACACUAGUGAGGGUGGCAAAGAGUGCCAGCACCCUGGGUAUUGCCAUUGAAGGUGGAGCCAACACUCGCCAGCCGCUACCACGAAUUGUCACAAUACAGAGGGGUGGUUCAGCUCAUAACUGCGGCCAGCUGAAGGUGGGUCAGGUGAUCCUGGAGGUAAACGGGGUUUCCCUGAGGGGCCGCGAGCACAGGGAUGCUGCACGCCUCAUCGCCGAGGCCUUCAAGACCAAAGAGAGGGACCACGUGGACUUCCUGGUGACGGAGUUCAAUGUGGCGCUAUAG